AGGAGCCGAUUUCUGCCGCCGGGAUUACCUGGCGCCUAAAGCUGUAUCCAAAUGGUAGUGGUUCAUCGAAGGGAAGCCACAUUUCUGCAUUUCUUGAGAUGGUCAAAGGUGGCUCUGAGCCUACAACAUAUGAAUAUGGCAUAGAGAUGUUACAUCGUUCGCAGCCGCACAUGAAAGUUGUGAGGCGAUUCUCUUCGGAUUUUGAGGAAGGUGCAUGCUGGGGGUACUAUCAAUUUUUCAAGAUUGAUGACCUUGAAAACGAAGGGUACCUUCUUCCGGGGGAAGAUACACUUACGCUGAGCUUUUACGUCCGAGCUCAAACGUUCUUGCAACAAUGCCUGGAUCUGAGAAGAGCACUGUCAUCGUGUCAAGCAGAACGGCAGGAAGCGGUGACGCAGGUGGCGGUCCUGCGGCGAGCUUUCGCAUCGUCAAUCUGGCAGCAGCGCCGGAGGAAGAACGGCAGCGUCUCCGAGCUGGAAGACAACCAAGGAUCGAUAAAGCAGGUCCUGGCGGGUGCAGUGUCAAGCCUCUUGCCAACUUUUGAACAGCCCAACCCAAAGGCUGCCAGGGACACAUUCAGCCGCUUGGACAAGAUACUCCUCAGCGGUGUUCCAACAUCAGACGCUCCCCAGAAGUCUGAGGUGGACGACCGCAGCGACGCCCCAUCAAUGGCGCUGUCCCAGGCAUCGGUGCAGCCAGAGAGCAGGGAGAAGUGUGAGCUGUGGCUCAAGAGCCGAGACAACUUGUUCCAGAUGCCAGCUAGUAGGAGCAAGUUUUAUGGUCGCAGGGGCCACAGGCACAGGAAGAGCAACAGGGCCUUCGAUGUCGUUUCGCUUGCCAAGCGCACCAGAAUGGCGACGCUGCCUUGCGCCAUACUGGAAGGAAACGACGAGAGCGUCAAUACGUGAUUGUCGAGGUAAUUUUUUGCUUGGUGGAAAAGUUUGGAUUAAGUUUACUCUUCCCGGCUUACUUUAAUAAACACUUUUCAGGUUACAAACUGAAA